AGGUGCUAUUACUGUACCCGGCAGCACUAGCUAGUGUACCGGUGCCGGUACCAUACCCCAGACACGCAAAAGCUACAUGUAGUUCCGGGUACGUACCGGCCGCAUGACUUUCAAACAGCCUUACUGGGUUUUGAAAGAUCCAAAGAUUGAUCAUUCCAUUGAAUUCUCGUGAUCUUUUCCACCCCACACCCCAUCGUCAAAAGCCAUUCGCCAGCGGCAGACUAGCUAGCCUCAGGCUCUAUUGAAACAAUCGAAGAAAUCAGGAGAGAGGCGAGAUACUAAUUGCUGGAACAAUGGCAGCUACGUUACCCCGAGUAUUCCUGGUUUCGAGCAGACAUCAUGGCUCCCGAACAGUCCACAUCCAACCGACACUAGUCCGUCAACGUUUCUUUUCUGAGUCGGCGAAAGAGACCGCACCCAAAAAGACACCCGAUCCAUCCGGCAAUGGUGGCGGGAACAACAACAUGAUGUGGCAUGUUGCCACGGCAGCGGUAUUUGGGCUGUCCUUUAUUGGUGUCCGAUAUGGCUUGAAAAACAUGAAUUUGGACAAGGAGGACGACGCGAUCGCUGCCGCUACAAAGCCAGAACCUCAGGCAGAAGUCACUUCCAAGGUCUACUUUGAUGUGUCCAUCGACAAGCAACCAGCCGGGCGAGUUGUGAUCGGUCUUUACGGUGGAGUGGUCCCCAAGACGGCCAAGAAUUUUGAAACGCUCUGCAAAGGAACCGAAAAGAAGGGCAACAUUGAUUUGACCUACUCCAAGACCACGUUUCAUAGAAUUAUCCCUGGAUUCAUGAUCCAAGGCGGGGAUUUCACACAACAUGAUGGAACCGGUGGUCUUUCCAUCUACGGAAACAAAUUCGAGGAUGAGAAUUUUCAACUAAAGCAUACUGCACCUUUCAUUUUGUCCAUGGCGAACGCCGGACCCCACACUAAUGGCAGCCAAUUCUUCAUUACGACAAAAAAGACACCCUGGCUGGACGGAAAACACGUCGUGUUUGGGUGUGUCCUGGAUGGAUUUGAUGUGGUCAACCUCAUUGAAUUGAAUGGCAGCAGUUCGGGUAGACCGAAACGAAGAGUCGUCAUUACCAAAGCCGGGAUAUUGGAAGCCGAGGCAGGCAACAAUACAAAGGACGACAAUGCCAAGGAGGAAAAGGCAAAACAAUAAACGCGAGAUUCUGAAAGGAUUUAUCGUACAUCGACGCGCAUGUGUGUGUACCGUUAGGUGCGUAGACUUGCCAAUUCUGCUGGUUGUGGGUAAGGCAGACGAUCUACAGUACCGGUAGUCCAAGGACACUCUCUUCCUUUUCUUUCUUGAGCUUCCCAAGGAAGGGGAAGUUUUCCCACAGGCUAGCUAGUUAUCUAGACUAGUAGUGCAUACAUGUAGCAU